CCCAAAUACAGGUAAGGAAUGGUCUUGGGGAGACUCGGUCGACCAAAGAUACAGUUGGGGGAAGUGUUUCCUUUUGUCAAUGGGCAGACCGCCGAGAAUUAUAAGUUAACCUCUCAGCAAGUCCUGUCUCUUCACCGCAAGAGGCUGUGCGCUUUCGACACCAUCCACAAUGCUAUCACACAGAGGGGUCACCUUCGUAAAGAAUAUUAACAAAGUCUGCCGCCCUACGCAGCUGGCCAGGAUAUCAACCACGUCCGCGAGACGAAGCGAACUCCAUGAUGGAGACCUGAGAAGCGUGCGGCCCAUGUUCGACUUGAAAGGCCGCAACUACAUCAUUACCGGCGGCGGCCGAGGAAUCGGCUAUGGAAUUACUAGAGCGAUUGCAGAGAUGGGAGGCAAUGUAGCUGUUCUUGAUGUCCUGGACUCACCCGUGAAAGACUUUGGCACCUUGGAAGGCGACUUUGGAGUCAAGGCCAGGUACAUCCACACCGAUGUCACGAGUGAAGAGAGUUUGACCAAGGCAUUCGAGCAAACUGUUUCUGAGUUUGGGAGUCUGGAGGGCUGUGUGACAGCAGCCGGCAUAUGCGUUGACAAGCCCUUCGGAGAACAAUCAUGGGACGAGGUUCGUAGGGUUUUGGAUAUAAAUGUUACUGGUACAUUCUUCGCAGCUCAGAUGGCUGCGAAGCAAAUGGAGCAACAAGGUACAGGAGGCAGCCUCAUCCUAAUCGCCUCUGUCUGUGCCCACUGCGCCAUUCCCGGGCAUCGACUGUCAGCGUACUAUGCCUCAAAAGGAGCGGUCAGGAUGCUCAGCACAGCUCUGAGCGUCGAACUGGCGCCACAGGGCAUUCGCUGCAAUACAAUAUCUCCUGGAUUCAUCGAAACAGAUAUGAGUAGAUCGUUGCGCGAACAACAUCCGCACCUGGUGGAAUUGAUGCACUCCUCGCCGCCAUUGCGGAGGAUUGGCAACCGCAACGAUCUGACCGGCACAGCCGUAUAUCUGCUGAGUGACGCCGCUUCAUAUACCACGGGUGCCGACAUCACAGUGACUGGAGGGUUGCAUGCCGGGAGAAUAUAAGAGUAGCAGUGAUGAUGUCUGGAGAACUUCCUGCAUCACCGCUAGAACUCAUGUGCGACACGUGGCGUUUUGGUCGAAGGUUUCUGAAUGUGUUCAUAGCGGCUUGACGCCUCGGUGGAUGCUGGCUAUACCUCCGGUCAGGUUUUCAUACCCUUGGCCGGGAGUAACGAAACCGGCCGCUUGAAUCAUUGCCUUGAACUCCUCUUGUGUCGGAAAUCGCUCAAUGCUCUCAACCAGGUAUUGAUAGCUGUCUCGGUCUCCUGCAACUAGCUGUCCGAUGAGCGGGAUAGCUCCGAAGCUCCAUCUCUUGUAUACAGCGUUGAACAGAGAACUAUUGACAUGACUGAACUCGAGGCAAGCGAAGACACCGCCGGGUUUAAGGAUUCGAAAGGCCUCGCGGACUG